AUGUUAAUGCAAAAAAUGAUACGGAUUAAAAGAUCUUUUCCCCUUGAGCGAAUUGGUUCAUUUUACUUUCAUGGGAGAGUUAGCAGAUUUAUAACAUACUAUACGAAAUCACACGAGUAUAUCAAAAUAAAUGAUGAAAAUUUGAAGGAGUUGAAAAAUAAAAACAAUGUUAAAUGUAAAAUAGGAAUUAGCAAUUAUGGAACAGAAAAAUUGGGAGAAAUUGUGUAUAUCGAUAUACCACAUAACAUAAAUGAUUAUGUAAAAAAAGGUGACUGUAUUGCAACAGUUGAAAGUGUUAAAAGUGUCGGGGAUGUUUAUACCCCCAUCAGUGGGAAAAUUGUCGACAUAAAUAAUAAAAUAAUGGAUAACGUAAAUUUAAUGAAUGGAAAUUCGGAAGCCGAUGGAUGGAUUGUGGAGUUGCUAACGAACGACGUGAAUGAAAAAGAAACAAUGAGCUUUUCUGAAUAUAAAAAAAUAUGCGAAGAAGAGCAGCAGAAGGAAGAAAUCAAAGUGCAACAGAAUGAAAUGAAUUGUCUAGAGGAAAAAAACAAGAAUAAGAUUUUCGAUUUGAAUGACAUUAAGAAUAUUGAAAACAUGAGGAAGAAAUAG